AUGUCAAGUGUUACGAAGAACGUUGAAUUUUCCGAAGCACCCAAUCCUGCUACAUUGAUUGGGGCUGAACGUGAAGCUGCUGUUUUUAACCCAGAAACUAUGAACUAUUUCUUGGAAGGAUCCAAGGAAAAGUCAGAAGAAGUGAAGAAAUUUAUCCAGCAAAUGGAAAGAGAUCCAAUCUUAGCAGCUAGCCCUAAGGUCUAUGAUUUAACCAAAGAAGAGCAAAGAGAGUUGACUGCACAGAAAAUCAACAGAGUGUCGAGAUACAUUGAAGUAGAAUCUUUUGACGAGUUGGAAAGAAGACUUUCUUUGAUUAGUGUUUUUGACCCACAGCUCCACACUAGAAUAGGGGUUCAUUUAGGGUUAUUUUUGAGUUGUGUCAGAGGUAAUGGUUCGUUUGAGCAAUUGAACUACUGGGCAUUGACCAAAGAAGCAGCGUAUGUAAAGAAUAUCUACGGGUGUUUUGCUAUGACCGAAAUAGCGCACGGUUCCAAUGUUGCCGGCUUGGAAACUACAGCUACAUUUAACGAAGAAAAUGACGAGUUUGUUAUUAAUACUCCACACAUUGGUGCUACCAAAUGGUGGAUUGGUGGUGCUGCCCAUUCAGCAACCCAUGCUGCUGUUUACGCCAGAUUGAUUGUCCACGGAAAAGACUACGGUGUCAAGACAUUUGUUGUACCUUUGAGAGACUCAAACCACGACUUAAUGCCAGGUGUCAGUGUGGGUGAUAUUGGUGCAAAGAUGGGCAGAGAUGGUAUUGAUAAUGGUUGGAUCCAGUUCUCUGGUGUCAGAAUCCCUAGAUUUUUCAUGUUACAAAAAUUCACCAAAGUCACCGCCGAAGGUAAGGUUACUUUACCACCUAACAACCAAUUAUCUUAUUCUGCUUUGCUUGGUGGUAGAGUUGUUAUGGUUAAGGAUGCCUUCAGAUGGUCGUCCAGAGUAAUUACUAUUGCAUUGAGAUACGCCGUCGGCAGAAGACAAUUCAAGGCAUCUAAGGCUGGUGAAAACGAUAAGGAAAACCAAUUGUUGGAUUACCCAUUACAUCAACGUCGUUUGAUACCUUUGUUGGCUAUGACAUAUGCUUUCUCUAACGGUUCUAAUGUGUUACAGGAGCUUUCUCACAAAACAAUGGAUGAAUUAGACGACGCAGUGGCCGAAGACGACAAAGCCGGUAUUGACAAAGGUAUCGAGGCAAUGAAGUCAUUAUUCGUGGCUUCUGGUUCCUUGAAGUCUACUUGUACGUGGUUGACCUUGAGCACUAUUGAUCAAUGUAGACAAGCAUGUGGUGGUCAUGGUUACUCAGCUUAUUCAGGGUUCGGUAAAAUAUACAAUGAUUGGGCUGUACAAUGUACUUGGGAAGGUGAUAAUAACAUUUUAGGAAUGUCGAUUGGUAAACAAUUGGUUAAGAGUAUUAGUAGUGUACUUCGUGACGGCCAAAACGUAACUGGUAUUCUCGAAUUCUUGACUGAUUCCAAGAAAUAUCUUAAUAGGGAUGUCAUUCUUCAAAAUGAAGACAUGAAUGACACUAGAAAGGUUUUACAUGCAGUCGAGGUCGCAAUUAUUAGAGCCUCGAAUCAAGCAUUGACAACCUUGGAUGCCCACGGUGAAGACUGGGACUUUAUUGGUGCAAACUUGGUGCAAUUGUCAAAGUUAUUGGCACAUUUCUUUUUGUUGAAAGCCUUCCUUGAUAAGGUUGACUCUAUAGAAGAAAAAGAAUUAGUACCUGUGUUAGACAAGCUUGCUCAAUUAUACUCUGCCACUAUAAUUUUAGAAGAGUUCUCUGGUAUCUUCUUGACAUAUUCUGUGGUUUCUACUGAAUCAAUUUCUAUUUUGACUGAUCAACAUAUUCCAAAAUUAUGUAAGGAUUUAAGACCACAUGUUAUUCCAUUAACUGAUUCUUUCCAAUUAUCUGAUAUGAUGAUCAAUUCAUCCUUAGGUAGUUAUAAUGGAGACAUAUAUGAAAACUACUUUAAGAUUGUUAAGGAGGCCAAUCCACCUUUCAAUCAUAAAGCUCCAUAUUCUACUGACCUCGAAGCGAUGUUGAACAGACCUUCUCAGGAAGAUAGACAAAGACAUGAAUAUUCUGAUGAAGCUGAAGAAAUUUUAUCUAAAUAA